AUGUUGGUCGCACUGAGUCAAGUAAGAAAAAGUUUUAUUAAAAAAUGAGGGUUUUUCUUGUUCAGAAAGCAUUGGACCUGAUGAUCAUGAGAACGAGGUUUCUAUUUCUUUUUUUUAAAAUAAAGUUUCCGAAAUAUUUUCGUCGUGAUAGGGAUUUUAAUGAAAUUUCCGAGGCUUUUUCCGUGUUACUGGGAAAAUGUUUAGUGGCCACUAUAGGGUUUUGACGUUUUAGUUGCCAUUAUAGAGGUCGAAGUGCUACUACUAGGCCACUAAAAAUUUUAGUGGCCACUUUAGGGGUCAGUGGAUCAACAUAACUGGUCCAAUCUGCUUGGUUUAAAAUUAUCAGAGUGACUGGAAGGAGUACUGGAUGAAGAACUACUGAAGUGGCCACUAAAACGGAAAGUAGUGGCCACUAUAGAGGUGGGUUUGGGGGCCCCUUUAGUAUCCUCUUCAAGUAGUCCUUGGCGAGUCUCUAUAGAGGAAAAUUUCCAAGUAUUGUUUAUCCCACGGCGCCCUAAAGCAUUCAAAAAAAAAAAUAAUUUAAAUAGUCUGUUUACAGAAAAUAAUAUAUUUUUAUUGAUUUACAAUGACUUCUUAUUAAAUUUGUAGACACCUUCAAAUAUCGACGGUUGUCUGCGGCCUUUUCGCCUGGAUCAACUUUCUUUUUGCCUUCAUUAAUAUGCUCUAUGUUGCGAUUAGUGUAAGAAUUAUUUUUUUAAUUGCUCAACAAGAAUUUCUAUCAAAGAUUCAUCGAGUUCUCCGGGCAAUCCAUGCGAAAAUCGUGAUCGCCGACGAGGAGACUAAAUCACGCAAAAUGAGCCAAAAUAUUCAAUGUAAAUGUGGAAAUUUUGAAUAUCCUUUAAUAUUCGAAAUUCUAGCCGCGAUGAAGAUAAACAUGCAGAAACAGAAAAAGGACCUCCAGCAACUGUUCAAGGACUUGAAAAGCCAAUGA